AAGAGUAGAGUUGAAAGGAGCCUCGACAAUAUAUCUUGUGCAGUAUAUGAAGCAUUGAGUUGAGCCCCAUUCUUUCAUCUUCUUCUCUCUCUAUCUGUUGCAGAAGAAAAAAUAAAAGAGAAACCAGAAGGGAUAGGAUGAUGGCAGAAAUAUGGGACUAAUUUAGCAAUGAAAGACCCUGCUAUAGAAGAGGCCACAGCAAACACUAGAUAAUGGUCAAUUGCUAGAAGCACCAAUCCUCGCCCAGUUAGUAUUUGACCAUGUCGAGGCAUGCUCACCUUCCUCCCCGCUGCCCGUUUCAAAAGAAAAGUACAACCUGAUCGAUUUAUGACCCUUUGUUGCCAAGCUCAUGCAAAGAGUUGUACCCAAGACCCCAAAAAUCCAUAUCUCAAAGCUCCAUAUUAGAGGAGCAGCCAGAAUGGCUCGACGACCUGUUGGGUGAUUCGGACGCAAAUACAAAAGGGACACUCCACCGGCGAUCAGCUAGUGAUUCAAUGACCCUCUUGGAUGGCCUUGUCUCACUUAAUGAUGAUGACAGUUCAGUUUCCAGCGAAACUGGUUGUGUCUUCGAGUCAGGUUGUAUGUACGGUCCUAAUUCCCCUCGGAGCAAAGGGAAAUUUACCUUUCCAGAGAAUACUAUGGUUUCAGCAUUAUCAGAUUGUCUCUUUCAAAACCCUAUGGAGUAUUUAGAUGGUGGUCUUUGUGCUUCUGGAAUGGUGCAUUGUGAAGUGCAACAUGGAAGCGGCUUAGCUGGGGAGGCUAAUGCAGAGUCAAAGGCAGAUAUAAGGCAUUCUGGGCAAUGCUCAAGGGUUCGUAAACUCCAAUAUAUUGCUGAACUGGAAAGAACUGUUGAUGUUCUACAGACUUUAGAGUCAGAGUUAGCUGUUCACGUUGCUUCUCUUCUUCAGCAACGUGCUGCUUUGUCAAUGGAGAAUGGUAAAUUAAAGCAGCAGAUGGCCAGACUUAAGAAGGAAAAAGUGAUUGUGGAUGGUCGAUAUCAGCCUCUGAAGAAAGAACUAGAGAGGUUGAAAAUUCGUGUAGCUUAUUCCUCCAGUGGAGACGUUGAAAAAGAUUUCAGGUCAAGCUCUGCAGCAGAGGGAGUUAGCUUAGAUGCUGCUUGGCAGAUGCUGGACAUAGGAAAACUUAACCUUAAUUCAAGAAACUGUUGUCUUUUGGAACAUAUGCAUCUUUGCUCUGGGGACGUUAUAGAAAAGCAGAAACCACGGUGAAGCUGAUCAGGUUUGGCCGCCGAAUUCUGCACUUGUUAUCAUCCGGUGAUCUCAUCUUUUAGGAGUUCAUGUACAUCGAGUAGACGUGAUUCUUCUCUUUUCUUUCCUUCGUCCUCCCUUUCUGCUACUGUAAGGUUUCUUUUGCAGUAAAGAUAAGGCAUGGGGUGAAUUUAAGCAUUUGCUGCAAUUCCCUUGAAAGGAUAUCCCUUCCAAAUUUGGUUACCUAGAAAGGAAGGAAGCUUGAGGGCGUUUAUCAACGUUUCGUUUCACUAGAUUUGACAUUGUUAAUAUCGAUGGUCUUCUUAA